CAAAAUCAUGACUAAGAGGAUUAAAAAGAAGUGAGUUCACAUUUACAGUAGGGAAGCACACGGUACAUCGCACAAACGAGCUAAUACGUUUAUUUAUAUAUCGAGCUGUAUGUGGCCAUAGGCGCCGCUACUGUCGCGAUUUCAAAGCCAGUGUGCAGUAUCUCGUACAGCUUUCAAGUACUUACUAAUAUAGCACAACACGAAACCCGUAGAAAGAAACGUCAAAACGUUUUGGUCUCGUGAAUCGAUUUAUAACACAAGAAUAAUAAAACAUCACAUGUGUGAUAAACAUAAUGCUAUAAUAAACCUAAUAAUGUAAUAAACAAACAUUUCAAAGUUAAAUUAUAUUAAUUGCAUACAACAGAAUGCAGCUUGAUAUCACCUGUCAUUAUUGAGAGUCAUUGCAUAAUCGAAAAUUAUACAGAAAGUCACCACGUGAAUCUCGUCCUUCCUCACGGUACUUAAUUCCAAGAAGCGUGAGACCGGAAAGAUCGAGAAUGGCCAACAAAACAACAAGCAACCCAAAAUUGCAGGGACAAUCAGUGAAAAUUCCGGUACAAUCACAACUUACGAAAAUCAAAAAAGAGGAAGAAGAAGAGUUAUGGAUCUCAGGGGAAGAAUUAUAUACGGAGGGUAGCAGUGAUGAAGAAGAAUGUAAAAUGCAAUUACGAUCGCGUCGUAAAAUCAAUAGUAUUCAAUCGUCUCGCACUUCUACGGCUAACCACAGCGUAGAUCAACGAGGUCAUUUACCCGUUUCAGCUGAAACCAGAACAAAGUCUGACUAUUCUGUCGGUACUUUCAAAGAUAGCAUUAAUGAAAAACAAUUCGUACUUAAAAGUGUAACACAAUAUGACAAUACUUCAUCCAAAACUUUAAGUCGUUCGCCAUCAAUGGAAUUUGUCACGACUGAUCGUCUUUCCACAAUGGAAUCAUCUGUAAGUUCUAUGACAAAAGACUUUUCUGAUUUUUCAACUGAAGAAGACCAAAUCGAAAAUACGGAAAUCUCAUGGAAGGCGAAAAGAGAAAGCAAUCGAAGACACUUCAUUUUACCAAUGUGAAAAUCGGAAGCGGCUAGAAAUAAUUUUAGCAUCGAAACCAACUGAAACCGGUAAACUAGCAGAAAAUACGCGACAAUUUUUUUGCUUAUGCCCGACCUAUACAAC